GGCUAUUUAUUAGGGCCCUCCGGGGGGCGCCCCCUAGUGGAGAACCUACGCACAAACUACAAUUACGACUUUGAGCCCUUCAUCCAUUAACGUUGAGCGCCCAAUCUAUGCCGGGCACUGCGCUAGGGGUUGCUACGUAAGUGAGCAUGAGUAUUGCACUCUAUCAGGGAAGAUCUGAUUGUAAGAAGCGAAUCUCUGUUCCACUAUGGCAACACGCCUAAUACACUGCCUGGUAGACAGUGUAAUAAUGUCUACCAGUGUAACAUAUAUCUAGGGCUCGAAUAAUUCCGUGAGAUGGCCCCGGAUGCCAGCCCUCUGAACUGGGGAAGUCUGGUUGGCCCUGCCGGUACGCUGUAGGGAGAAGGAUAGUUGUCAGCAUUAGGUAGAGGGCGCUGUGGAACUCCCGUCGGGCUGCGACCUGGCGGAGCCAGGGCCGGGUGGGCAGGGCCUGGGCGCGCGCUUUCCUACCCGCAGCUUACAUGGCGGCGGCCGGCGGUGGUCCCGGACUCGGGGCGACCUCGGGUCUGGAGGCUGCAACCCUGCAGAAACUCGCUCUGCGGCGGAAGAAGGUACUGAGCGCCGAGGAGAUGGAGUUGUACGAGCUGGCGCAGGCGGCGGGUGCCGCCAUCGACCCCGACGUUUUCAAGAUUCUGGUGGACCUGCUGAAUCUGAACGUGGCCCCUCUCGCCGUCUUCCAGAUGCUCAAGUCCAUGUGUGCCGGGCAGAGGCUGGCGAGCGAUCCCCAGGACCCUUUGGCUGUGUCUCUGCCCACAUCGAGCGUGUCGGAGACCCGAGAGGCCUCCUUUCUCUCUGCCAGGAACAGUAGCCCCCCUGCAAGGCCCUCAUUUUCCUCUGCCCUGCGGCCUACGGCCUCUCCGGUUCUGCUCUACGGCCCAGCUGCCACGCACUCGCCUCUCUCUCCAGGGCCCCCUGCUUCCCUCCGGUUCUCUUGCUGCUUGUUCUCUCCUUUUGCAGGGAGAAACAAAGGUGGUCCUACUCUCAGUGGAGCACCUACACUGGCAGAACGUGGAAGCCGGGAAGGAUCCAGCCAGAGGAUGCCCCGCCAGCCCAGUGCCACCCGGCUGCCCAAGGGGGGUGGGCCUGGGAAGAGCACCUCUAGGAGCAGCACAUAGGAAAAGAACAGACUGCCUUGCCAGCCUGCUAGACACCAUUGUUCUCCCAGCAAAGGUUGUGUGCCAUCUCCUGCUAAGCCUUUCUAAAAAGCUGAGAAUCAAAAUCAAACGUUCUCUAUUACUUUUUGGACAUAUUAAAGCACAAAGAUUUAGGAUGAGGUGUGUGCUGGUCCUAGUUAUUCUACAGCCUAACUAACCAAGUAACUUAAACCAGUGACUUUCCUUUCUUGAACCUGGCUUUUAAGUCCAAGAGAAGAUAUGUGUAUUGCCAGGUCUUUUAUAAACAGGUCAGCAUGCUUCCCUGGAAGUGAAAGAAGUGGUAUUCCCUACUAGAACUGUUCACAGUACUAGGGAAGAAGAGGUGUCAGUGUAUGAACAUAGAAGAGAACUGUCUCCAAUUGAACACACAACACUGAGGUCUUGGUGGAUGUGAUGUGACUUUUAGUCAUGCAUGCUACCGAGAAUUCAGAAAUAUCCCUUUCCCCUCAAAUCACCUGAUCUUUCUCAUUUGACAUUCCCUACCCACAGACCUCAGAUUUAAAUCCUCCAUUUCUAAGCUCUUAUUUUUUAUUCUGUUUCAUCAAUGAUGAAGGCCCCCAGAUUAAAAAAAAUUAAAUGGGAAAAAUCUAACUCAGUUUUCUUAGGAGUUAAUAAAUUCUAUGCUUUCAAACUA